AUGGAGAAAUUAAUUAAUGUUGCAGAACACCCCAAGAAGACGGAACACUUGAUGUCCCUUCUAGAAGCCAAGGAGAGACUUCAUUUGAUCAAAGCCAACUUACUUGAAGAAGGCUCCUUUGACUUUGUAGUCGCUGGUUGUGACGGCAUUUUUCACACUGCAUCCCUAUUCUACCAUGCAGUUAAAGACCCUCAGGCGGAGCUGAUUGAUCCGACAUUGAAGGGAACACUGAAUGUUCUCCAGUCAGUGGCCAAAGCACCAUCGGUCAAGAGGGUUGUCCUCAUCUUAUCCAUUGCUUCAGUUGCGUACAAUGAUACCCCUGCCGGCCCUGAAACAGUUACUGAUGAGACUUGGUGGUCGGACCCCGAGUGGUGCAAAAAGGCCAAGAAAUGGUACGUGCUUUCGAAGACAGUGGUUGAGGAGGUUGCUUGGAAGUUUGUGAAAGAGAAAGAUGUUGCUUUAGCGCAUAUUCUUGCUUUUGAGAAUCCUUCUGUCAACGGAAGGUAUCUUACUAUGGAGAGGGUCGCACACUACUCUGGAAUUGUCGAGAUCAUGCGUGAAAUCUACCCUGAACUUCCUAUUCCUACCAAGUGUGCGGAUGACAAACCAUUUGCGACCAAGUACUUAGUCUCAAAAGAAAGGGCAAAAUCUUUGGGGAUUGACUUUAUUCCGGUUGAUCAAGGCCUCAAAUAG